AUGCCCAGCAAUGAGGGCCUUAAGUUUUGGCUGGGCUUCAGGAGGUCCAAAAUUUGUCACUGCGCGCGGGCCUGCCCGGGCGUCGCCUCGUGCGCCGGCAUCGUCCAGUUCGCCGCCGGCUUCUUUCUCGGCGACUUCAGGGUGAACCACACAGGCUACCGGGGGGCCGCUUGGACGGCCUCGCGUGUCGCUCGAGAACAACGAGACUCUCGCGUUCCUGCCCCCGCCGUCCUUCAACUUCUCCCAGCUCGUCGGCAGCUUCGGUGCCAACAGGGCCUCAGCGUCGACGACCUCGUCGUGCUCUUCGGAUCCCACACCAACGGCCGCUCCCACUGCUCCUCCUUCUCCGACCGCAUCACCACGCCGCCCUCCGACAUGAACCUUGGUCUCGCCGUGGUGCUCAAGGGGCAGUGCCCGGCCAGCCCUAACUUCACCGAUGACCCCACGGUGGUCCAAGACGGGGUCACCCCUGAUAGGCUGGACAAAGCAGUACUGACCAGUGGCGGAGCUAGGAUCGUUUAA